UGGCCGCGUGCUGCACUCCUGCCUGCGACUCUUCUAGGGAGGACAGAGGCCGCUCUCCACAGAGGGACUUCCACAUCCUCUUUGUGCCGCGCCGCAGCCUGCUCUGUGAGCAGUGGCUGAAGGAGCAGGGUGUGCUGGGGUCCUUCAUCCACCGAGAGCAGUACAGCCUGGACCUGAUACCCUUCGACGGAGACCUGCUCUCCAUGGAAUCCGAGAGUGCGUUCAAGGAAUGUUACCUGGAGAGCGACCAGACGAGUCUAUACCAUGCGGCAAAGGGGCUGAUGACACUGCAGGCUCUCUACGGAACCAUCCCGCAGAUCUUUGGGAAAGGCGAGUGUGCUCGGCAUGUGGCCAAUAUGAUGAUCAGGAUGAAGCGUGAGUUCCCUGGAAGCCAGAAUUCGAUAUUUCCCGUCUUUGAUACCCUCUUGUUGCUGGACCGCAACGUUGAUCUGCUGACACCGUUGGCCACACAGCUGACCUACGAAGGGCUGAUAGAUGAAAUCUACGGAAUUCAGAACACUUAUGUGAAACUCCCUCCUGAGAAGUUUGCCCCAAAGAAGCAGGGUGAGAGUGGAAAAGAUCUCCCGACAGAACCCAAGAAGCUCCAGCUGAACUCUGCUGAAGAGCUGUAUGCUGAGAUCCGAGACAAGAACUUCAAUGCCGUGGGGUCAGUGCUGAGCAAGAAAGCCAAGAUCAUCUCAGCAGCCUUUGAGGAAAGACACCACGCGAAAACCGUUGGCGAGAUUAAGCAGUUUGUCUCCCAGUUGCCACACAUGCAGGCAGCAAGAAGUUCUCUAGCAAACCACACCUCCAUUGCAGAGCUCAUCAAAGACAUCACCACAUCUGAAGAUUUCUUUGAUAAUUUGACAGUGGAACAAGAGUUCAUGUCUGGAAUAGACACAGACAAGGUUAACAAUUAUAUUGAAGACUGCAUAGCUCAAAAACAUCCAUUAAUCAAGAUCUUGCGUCUCGUUUGCUUGCAAUCUGUGUGCAACAGUGGGCUGAAGCAGAAGGUUCUGGACUAUUACAAAAGAGAGAUUCUCCAGACUUAUGGCUAUGAACAUAUAUUGACAUUAAACAACUUGGAAAAAGCUGGGCUCCUAAAACCUCAGACAAGUGGUAGGAAUAACUACCCAACGAUCAGGAAAACCCUGCGCCUAUGGAUGGAUGAUGUUAACGAACAGAACCCCAACGAUAUCUCCUACGUGUACAGUGGCUACGCUCCACUGAGCGUACGCCUGGCACAGCUCCUGGCUCGGCCGGGGUGGCGGAGCAUCGAGGAGGUUCUGAAGAUGCUGCCGGGUCCCCAUUUUGAGGAGAGGCAGCAGUUACCUACCGGCCUUCAGAAAAAGCGUCAACAUGGUGAGAACCGAGUCACUCUGGUGUUCUUCCUGGGAGGUGUAACGUACGCAGAAAUCGCCGCCCUGAGAUUUCUGUCCCAAAUGGAAGAUGGAGGCACAGAGUAUGUCAUUGCCACGACAAAGCUGAUCAAUGGAACAACUUGGAUCAAAUCCUUGAUGGAAAAACUGGAGCCUGCCCCCUUCUAAGGGUCUAGGGCAAGAGACAAUAAAAGCAAAAGGCCCUGUGUGACACAGGCACGUCAGCUUC